AUGCUGCAGAACCCCGGCACCUCCACGCCCUUCUCCGUGGACGACAUCCUGCGGCUGGAGCGGGAGCAGAUUGGCCUCGCGGCCUUGCAGCUCCAGGAGGCCCGGGGGAGCCCCGAAAGCUCUCAGUAUCUGCAACUGGUCCCGGACCCGCGAGGAUCGGAGGACAUUCUCAGCUCUGGAGAGAGGUGGCUGGACCGGCCGGAGCCUCCAGGGGAUCCCAGUGAGCGCGUCGCAGACAUGGACGCGGAGCGGGUGGAGCCCGGCCUGCGCGCAGCCUCACCCCCCGGCGGCGGGCCCCGGGGACCGGAGCGCGGCGGCGGCGGCGGCGGCGGCGGCGGCGGCGGCGGUGACCGGGCACGCGGGGCGGGCGCCGGGCAGGCGCGGGCGCGGCGGCGGCGGCGGCCGCGGGUGCUGUUCUCGCAGGCGCAGGUGCUGGCGCUGGAGCGGCGCUUCAAGCAGCAGCGCUACCUGUCGGCGCCGGAGCGCGAGCACCUGGCCAGCGCGCUGCAGCUCACGUCCACGCAGGUGAAGAUCUGGUUCCAGAACCGGCGCUACAAGUGCAAGCGGCAGCGGCAGGACAAGUCCCUGGAGCUGGCGGGCCACCCGCUGGCGCCGCGCCGGGUAGCGGUGCCUGUGCUGGUGCGGGACGGCAGGCCCUGCCUGGGCCCCGGCGCGCCCGCCUUCCCGGGCCCCUACGCCCCCGCCGCUGCGCCCUACGCCUGCUACGGCGGCUACGCGGGCGGAGCGCCCUACGCGGCGGGCUUUGGCGGGGGCUACGCGGGAGCGCCUCCGGGCCCCGCUCCGCCCGCGCCCCUGGCCUGCCUGGGCCUCGGCGGGGGUGGCCAGGGCGGCAGCACGCAGGGCACUCUGCCCGCCCCGCUGCAGGGGGUCCCGGCCUGGUGA